GAAAAUGAUGAGUUUGCGAGCGUGUGUGUUAAAGCGUUACAAGACCGGGGAAUAUAUACGUGUCCGCGUUCAUAAAAACUAAUAUCCCCUCCGUUACGUGUAUGUUCCGUGUGUGUCAAGUUCCGACGAAUUUCCCUCCUUCCCCUCCCCUUCACAUCUUUCGACAAAAUUUUAGCCAUCGUUAUUACGGCUACGCGACAUUGACGAAGUUUUUUGCGUGGGAAAUAUAUCUAUACGUUCACUUAUUAAGCAUAUAUAUCCAUAUAUAGUAGAGUUUAAGCGACCGUUUUAUGGAAAAAUAAAUAAAGUAUCGUGAAAAGUGUUAUAGUUUUUGGGGAAGAUGAGUGUCGACGCGUAUGGACCUAGCAGUCAAACUCUGACCUUCCUCGACACUGAGGAAACCGAUCUCAUCGGUGCGGAUACUCAAGGCAGCGAAUUCGACUUCACCGAUUUUACUUUACCUUCUCCCAGCCAAACUCAGGCUUCUCAACACGAUGCCGCACAGAGUCAACAAAGUCAACCUGUUCAGGUAAAUGGUACAAACGGUAGCUCAGCCUUGGACCUGAAAAUAUCAGGGGUGGGGCAGAGUUUUGCAGAGCUCCAGUUUGAGGAAGAGGAAGAAGAAGCUUAUUAUCAUCGUGAUUUGCCGGAACAUGCGUGUAAAUACUGUGGCAUACACGAGGCCUCGUGCGUCGUCAUGUGCAACAUUUGCCGUAAAUGGUUUUGCAACGGACGAGGGAAUACAUCAGGUUCCCAUAUUAUCAAUCAUCUGGUGCGAGCCAAGCACAAGGAGGUCACUCUUCACAGGGAUGGACCUCUGGGAGAAACAGUAUUGGAAUGUUAUUCCUGCGCGGUGAGAAACGUAUUCGUUCUUGGUUUCAUUCCUGCAAAAGCUGACUCCGUUGUUGUGUUAUUGUGUCGACAACCUUGCGCAGCACAGAGUUCUUUGAAGGAUAUGAACUGGGAUCAAGAACAGUGGAAACCCUUGAUAGAAGAUCGCAGUUUUCUCGCCUGGCUGGUGAAGAUUCCAUCGGAGCAAGAACAGCUACGAGCGCGUCAAAUAUCAGCUCAGCAGAUAAAUAAACUGGAGGAAUUGUGGCGUGACAAUGUGGAUGCGACGUUCCAAGAUCUCGAGAAGCCUGGAGUCGAUGAAGAACCUCAACAAGUUUUGUUGCGAUACGAGGAUGGUUAUCAGUACCAAAACAUAUUUGGUCCUCUCGUUAAACUCGAGGCCGAUUACGACAAACGUCUUAAAGCUUCGCAGACCCAAGAAAACAUCGAAGUACGUUGGGACGUUGGAUUGAACAAGAAAACAAUCGCAUAUUUCAUGCUCGCUAAAACUGACGGAGAUAUGAAAUUGAUGCACGGUGACGAAUUGAGACUUCGUUACAAUGGCGAACUGCACAAACCCUGGUUUGAACUUGGACAUGUCAUCAAAAUCCCGGACAACUAUGGCGAGGAAGUCGGCAUCGAAUUGAAAAACAAUUCAGGCGCCCCGACCGAAUGUGUUAGCAAUUUCGUCGUUGACUUUAUUUGGAAGAGCACCAGCUUUGAUCGGAUGCAAUCAGCGUUGCGAAAAUUUGCCGAAGACGGUACUUCGGUUUCUGCCUAUAUCUAUCAUCGCCUGUUGGGUCACGAAGUGGAGGAAGUGUUGUUCCGUUGUCAUUUGCCAAAGCACUUUAGCGCGCCGAAUUUACCAGAUUUGAACAGAUCGCAGGUAUACGCGGUGAAGCAUGCGGUUCAACGGCCAUUGUCAUUGAUCCAGGGUCCACCGGGAACGGGAAAAACGGUGACGAGUGCAACGAUAGUAUAUCAGUUGGUAAAGCAAAACGGUGGUCCGGUAUUGGUAUGCGCGCCGUCGAACACGGCGGUGGAUCAGCUAACGGAGAAGAUUCACAAGUCGAAUUUGAAGGUAGUUCGUCUUUGCGCAAAGUCUCGUGAGGCGAUAGAUUCGCCGGUGAGUUUUUUGGCCUUGCACAAUCAGAUAAAGAACAUGGAGACGAACACAGAAUUUCAAAAAUUGCAACAAUUGAAAGAUGAAACCGGGGAAUUGUCGAGCGUUGACGAAAAGCGUUAUCGAUUGUUAAAAAGAGCCGCGGAGAAAGAAUUGCUCGAAGCUGCGGACGUGAUAUGUUGCACUUGCGUUGGUGCGGGCGAUCCACGUCUGCACAAAUUGGCCUUCCACUCGAUUCUGAUAGACGAAAGUAUGCAAGCGACCGAGCCCGAAUGCAUGGUGCCAGUUGUAUUGGGCGCGAGACAAUUGAUUCUCGUCGGAGAUCAUUGCCAACUCGGACCUGUGGUAAUGUGCAAAAAAGCGGCUCGUGCUGGUCUCUCUCAAUCGCUCUUCGAAAGGCUCGUAGUCCUUGGAAUUCGCCCGUUUCGUCUCGAAGUCCAGUACCGCAUGCAUCCCGAUCUCUCGCGCUUCCCAUCGAACUUUUUCUACGAGGGAUCGUUGCAAAACGGAGUUUGUGCGGACGAGAGAAAACUGUUGAAGAUCGAUUUUCCAUGGCCGGCUACCGACAAGCCAAUGUUCUUCUACGUGACUCAGGGACAAGAAGAGAUCGCUGGAAGUGGCACGUCUUAUCUAAACCGCACAGAAGCCUCGAACGUGGAGAAAAUAACAACAAGAUUUUUGCGUUGCGGCGUUAAACCCGAACAAAUUGGUGUGAUAACGCCUUACGAAGGCCAACGCGCUUAUCUCGUUCAAUAUAUGCAGUACCAGGGCUCCUUACACUCAAAACUAUAUCAAGAAAUCGAAGUGGCCAGCGUGGACGCUUUCCAGGGACGCGAAAAAGACAUAAUAAUAAUGUCCUGUGUCCGUUCGAACGAGCAUCAAGGAAUCGGUUUUCUAAACGAUCCGCGACGCCUUAACGUCGCUCUGACACGUGCGAAAUACGGUAUUAUUAUCGUUGGUAAUCCAAAAGUACUUUCGAAACAACCACUCUGGAAUCAUCUGUUGAGUUUCUACAAAGAGCAAAAAGUUCUGGUCGAGGGGCCUCUCAAUAAUCUCAAGGAGUCGAUGAUACAAUUUGCGAAACCGAAAAAAUUGGUCAACGCUUCAAAUCCUGGUUCUCACUUCAUGACGACGUCGAUGUACGACGCCCGCGAAGCUUUGAUUCCAGGCUCAAUUUACGAUCGUUCCGGUUCCCAAUUGAACGGUAAUCAACAGCACAAUCCUUAUUAUCAAAGAAAUUUGCCGCUCGAUAUGUUCAGUCGUACGCACGAUACGAUCAGCUACAUAAGUCCAGAAAGGGCUCAAGCCGCUAUGAAUAACGUUCCGGUUCCCGUUGGUAUGUUCAUGAACAUGGCUCAUGUACCGCCCAGAUUUUAUAAUCAGCAUCAACAAGCAUUGCAGGCGCGACAGAAUCAGAGAAAUCGCCGAGGGGUCGCAACGACCAAAACCAAAAUGACACGUGGCCUUGGAAAAUUGAGCCAGAGCGAACAGAGCACUCAACCUUACAGUCAACCUGGCUUACCACUGACUCAGGGCACCACACAAGGCAUGUCUCAACCUGGUUUCAGUCUUUCUCAGCCUGGUUUGAGCCAGGCAGAAUUGUCUCAAGACUCGUUUGCCGUUGGUGAAUUCCAAUCACAAAUGGACGGUCUUUUGUCCCAAGACUCGACUUACCAGGGCGAUCGUAGUGGUUUCUAUCAGAGCGGACAGUCACAAGCCGGUGGACAAUUUUCCCAGCCUUACUGAGCAGCGCUUGAUUUGUCUUUCAUAACGGCUGUUAAAACGCAUUCGCCAUGCAAAAAAUAGCGUCGCGGGAGCGACUACACUACCGAGAGAGAGGCUCGUUCGAGACAAAACUUCUUCGACGGAUAAUAAAGUGAAAGUUUAAAAAAAAACCAUCAAACCGAGAAAAAAAAACAAACAACAUCGUGGAAAGUUUUUUUUUUAAUGCGACGGAGAUAAAUAACGUAUUAAAUGAAAAAAAAAAAAAAAAUAACGACCAACACCGACUACUUUAACAACAGCAAUGACGAGUAUAUCCACCAUCAAGGAAGAGGAUAAAGAAAGAGAGCGAGAGAGAGAGAGAGAGAAUAGAAGAAGCAUGUUGAAAAGACCAAAAAAAAUCAUUACCACUUGAUUGACGUUUGAGGAUUUUUUUUGUGGUCUCUUUCGACGAGGGUUCAAGAGAGCUUUUGUGUUUAUUUCCAAAAAAAAUCUGUACUGUCCAUGAAAACGAAUUGGAGGAUAGAUACGAGGCAGGGCUGCUCGCGGGAUGUUCCAUCGAUCGAUUCGCUCAGUCAACGAUGAUCCAGCGUGCGAUGAAUCAAAAAGGGAUUCCGUUAUUGCUGUACCAAUGCGAAACGCUCGAGAUCGGAAAUAUAACGGACAUUUCGGAAGAGGUGAAAAAGGAAAGAAAACGAGAACCACCAGUGUCUCAUUUCUGUUUUCGAUCUUGCGUUCCGAGCUCAAUGAUCUUGAGCUUUAUCGAGGGCUGUUGAGCUGAUAUCACGAAAAAAUGGACGCAAAAAAACAGAAUGAAAAUGCGACGAUUAUACGCGGAGAGACAUUUUAACGAGUGUUUAGUCAAGCUGGUCGAAUACACGGACAAGUUUAGAGUUGAGAAACGAAACAAAGAUUCGUAGAAUUUCUCGUCCCGAUCGACGAAAAGUCAUCUCUGAAGAGAGGAUUUUGUAAACGGAAGAAAAUCGAUAUGACUGGAUCGAGAGGCUCAAAGCGUCCGAGAAACGCGAUGAAAUUCUCAAUGGAAAAUCACCUCGAAAAUUUGAGGGGAAGAAAAGAAGGAGAGAAAUAAAGAGAACUCUCGUGCAGAGGCGGAAGAUUCGAGGGUAUGUGAUUCUUGGAUGGUGGAACCGUCUUUCGAUUUGAUCCUAAAACGGAAAAAAAGAACAAAGGGAAAAUCAUUUCCGAUGAUGAUAGCUUGGAGGAUCGAAUUUUCUUUUUUUAUUUUUCGUUUAUCGUUUCUUCGCUUGAGAAAAAGAAAAGAGCACAGACCUCGGAAGGAAUCUCCGUAAUUGAAAAAAAAAGAACGAAAUAAAGGAGUAAAUCGCGGCAGGGCCAACAACAAAAUGAAAAAUCGUCGUCGAACGGAGUGAGGCUGAACACAAAGUUUCUUCAUCGAAGCGUACAAAGGAUACACGUUGUUUUUUCCUUUCUCUUUGUUUACACACAACUCUUUUUGUUUCGUGUAUUACGGGCCCUUAAGCCCCGAGAACAUAAAAAACAAACAGAAAAAUUAUCCGGGAUUAUAUUCGAUUAUUUCAUAUAAUCAUGUUGAUUCGUUUAAUCAUCUUCACUUCUUUUUUCUUCCUCGUUUAUUUCGUUAUUUCUUUAAUUUCUUGUAACAAACAAAAAUAUAUGUAUGCAUAAGGUUAACGCAGUCCAAGGAAGGAGCAGGUGUGUGUGAGAGAGAGAGAGUUAAUAAAUCGUUUUCUUUACUCGUUGAUUUUGUCAAAUUAUUUUUGCGUAGUCAUCGAAGAAACUCGAUAAUAUCAAGAUACGAUUACAUUGUGUCAGCAGAGAAAAAUUUAUACUUAUGACAAACGUUUUUCGAUCCCAUACUACUUCGAGGUAAAUGAGUGUUUUUUUCACACUAUUUUCUUAUUCUCUUUACUCAUGGACUUCAGAAUAUAUUUUCGGUCCUAAAUUCAUUGAUAAAAAAAAUUACGUUUUCAUCCAUUGGUUCGUUACUGAUCGUAUACGAAUGUGUAUUUUUAUGGAAAUCUUAUUUUCGGUCAAUAAUCCCGUAAUAGAGCGCAACAUGAUUUGUAUGAUAGAUGAAUUACUACGCAAAGCGCGAGAAAUUCUUAUAUUUUUAUUUUCAUUCUCUCCUAACAACGCACCACCCAACUGCAGAUUGUAUUGCGAAAAAAAAAAAACAGAAAACAAUGUUUCACUGUAAAAUUCUUAUGGUACCCAAUAAAUGUGACAUGAACAAGGGAA